AUGGCUCAAACUAACCCUCUCUUCGAGCCAGAGAAGCUCCGUAUCCUGCUCGUCGGCGGAGGAGGGCGCGAGCAUGCCUUGGCCUGGAAGCUGAGCCAGAGCACUCGCGUCGAGAAGAUCUUUGUUGCGCCUGGCAACGGUGGAAUGACGACGGGCAAGAAGACGGUCUCGGUGGCUGUUGCGGCGGAGGACUUCAAGGGCUUGCUGGACUUUGCCGUCAAGAACGAGGUCAACUUUGUCGUCGUCGGUCCCGAGCAGCCUCUCGUCGACGGUAUUGAGGGCGUCUUCCGCAAGGCUGGCAUCCCCGUGUUCGGCCCGAAUGUCCGCGCCGCCGCGAUGGAAGGCUCCAAAGCCUUCUCGAAAGACUUCAUGGCUCGCCACUCGAUCCCUACCGCCGAGUACCGCAACUUCACCUCUCACUCGGCCGCGGUCGAGUACGUCAAGUCCGUCUCGCACGACGUCGUCCUCAAGGCUUCCGGCCUCGCAGCUGGAAAGGGUGUCAUCAUCCCCUCUUCGAAGGAGGAGGCGAUCGCGGGUUUGAACGACAUCAUGGUCAGCAAGGAGUUUGGCGCGGCCGGUGAGGAGGUUGUCGUCGAGGAGUUUAUGACGGGACAGGAGCUCUCGAUUCUUGCGUUUUCGGAUGGGUACACGGCGCUGGCGCUCCCGGCCGCGCAGGACCACAAGCGGAUUGGAGAGGGCGACACGGGAUUGAACACCGGUGGGAUGGGCACGUACUCGCCUGCACCGGUUGCGACGAAGGAGGUCGAGGCCGAGAUCAUGCGCACGAUCGUCCAGCCUACCAUCGACGGCAUGCGCAAGGAUGGCAUCCCCUUCGUUGGCAUGCUCUUCACUGGCAUCAUGCUCACCCCUACCGGCCCGAAAGUCCUCGAAUACAACGUUCGCUUCGGCGACCCCGAAACUCAGUCGCUCCUCGCGCUCCUCUCGGACGACACAGACCUGGCCGAGAUCAUGGUUGCCUGCGUCGAGCGCCGGUUGGACUGCGUCAAGUUCGAGAUGAAGAAGGAGGCGGCGGUUUCGGUCGUGUUGGCGGCAAAGGGGUACCCGGGAUCGUACCCCAAGGGCGACGAGAUCACCAUCGACACUUUGCCUCCCAACGUCUACGUCUUCCACGCCGGCACCAAGGCGACUCCCGAAGGCAAGGUCGUCACGAACGGCGGCCGCGUCCUCGCCGUCACCGCUACCGCCCCUACGCUCAAGGAGGCGCAGGCGCUCGCCUACAAGGGCGUCGACUGCGUUCAUUUCGAGGGCAAGACCUUCCGUCGCGACAUUGCGUACAAGGCGUUCCUCCAGGAGGAGCAGCAGAAACCGCAAGGCAUGACCUACGCGUCGGCGGGCGUCUCGAUCGACGCUGGCAACGCCCUCGUCGAGCGGAUCAAGCCCAUGGUCAAGGCGACCAAGCGCGCCGGAACCGACUCUGUCAUUGGCGGCUUUGGCGGCCUGUUUGACUUGAAGGCGGCGGGCUUCAAGGACCCCAUCCUUGUCGGUGGUACGGACGGCGUCGGCACGAAGCUCAAGAUCGCGCAGACGUACGGCAAGCACGACACGAUCGGUAUCGACCUCGUCGCGAUGAGCGUCAACGACCUCAUCGUCCAGGGCGCCGAGCCGCUUUUCUUCCUCGACUACUACGCGUGCGGUCACCUCGAUGUCGACACCGCUGCGGACGUCGUCAAGGGUGUUGCCGAGGGAUGCUUGCAGUCGGGAUGCGCGUUGGUCGGCGGUGAGACGGCCGAGAUGCCCUCCCUGUAUGAGGGCGAGGACUACGACGUCGCUGGUUUUGCCGUCGGAGCCGUCGAGCGGGAGCUGGUUCUCCCGCAGCCGACUAUCGCGCCGGGCGACGUUCUCCUCGGUAUCGCCUCGUCGGGCGUCCACUCGAACGGCUUCUCGCUCGUCCGCAAGAUCGUCUCGGCACACGGCUAUGACUAUCACUCGAAGCUUCCCUACGACACCAGCCGGACACUCGGCGACGAGCUCCUUACGCCCACAACCCUCUACGUCAAGCAGCUCCUGCCCGCGAUCCGCAAGGGUCUCAUCAAGGGCCUCUCGCACAUCACCGGUGGCGGCUUCACGGAGAACAUCCCCCGUGUUCUCCCCAAGGGCGUCGGAUGCUACGUCGACGCCGGGUCAUUCACCUUCCUCCCCGUCUUCCGGUGGUUGAUGGGUCUCGGCGGUGUCGCGCCCGAAGAGAUGGCGCGCGUCUUCAACUGUGGUAUCGGCAUGGUCGUCGUCGUUGCGCAGGACAAGGCGGACGAGGUCGAGCAGUCGCUCCGGGCGAACGGGCAGGCGGAGGUGUUCCGCAUUGGCGAGACGAUCGCGGGCGAAGGGUGCGAGAUGCGCAACCUCGAGAAGUGGGUCGAGGCGUCGCGGCAAUGA